GCUCAGGAUCUAUGGAGCGAUGAUUGGAGCAGCUCCAGGCCGGCAACGCAACGUGACGUGAAACGCGUGGUGGUCUCUUUUUGGUGUGACAACAGCCUGUGACAGCCUUCAACAGGCAAACCGAUGCUUAGUGCUUUUUGUCGAAGAUUGGUUUACUUACGUUUCACAACAGACUUAUGUGAAGAACAUGCAGCGUGCAAUUAACGCGAUCGCAAGCUUCAAAGACUUGCCUUACUGUCAGUCAUUUAUACACAAGGUAAAGCUGAUCUCCUGUGAGCGCCAAGUGGCUCACCUCGAGCUGCAGCUGGAAAAGCCACACUGCAACAUGAACAGCACCCUGCACGGUGGCAUGGCCACUACCCUGAUCGAUGUGUAUACAUGUGCACUUUUAAAAACUGCCUAUGAGGAGAAUGUGCUGUUCUCCACCACUGAGCUGAAAGCAAGGUUUCUCCGCCCUGCCAAACUAGGAGACACCAUCCUGAUGGAGGCACGGAUCGUCCGCGCUGGACGUACAGUGGCCUUUGCUGAAAUGGACAUUCUGGACAAAACCACCCAGAAGAUGCUUGUUCAAGGGACACAGACAGCACUAGUUGUUCCUGAGAAUUAGCAGUGUCAACAAUAUUGGUAGAAGACUGAAACUCUUCACAAAGUGUGUUGUUCCAUGCUGGUGCCUUAUGCAUUCCCUGCAGAGUAUUGCCAUCUUAAGGUUCGUUACAGCGCAACACAAGACAAGGACAAAAGAAGGUAUAAAACGACGACACAGCGCCGUGUCGUCGUUUUAUACCUUCUUUUGUCCUCAUCUUGUGUUGUGCUGUAAUGAGCCUUACUAUGAAUCCCACCAGGGUUGUUAGAGAAGUAUGGGAGAGGCCUUUGCCCUGCAGUGGGCGUAUGCUGAUGAUGAUGAUGAAUCCCAACCAACUGGCCCAACUUGCAGUAUUGUCAUCUACUGGUUAACAAAUUUAGGUAUAAUGUGAAAGUGGAACGGAUUGCAGAGAAAGAAUGGCUUGGUUGUUAGUUUACUAUUGGUUGCGCAAUAGAACAUCCAAGCUUGUGUGAACAGUACUGUUGCAGCAUAUCAAGAACGUGGGAAAUAAUUUCACUUGUGCUAACAUAUUGUUACAUGCUGAAGUCUUAACACGCUACAUUUGCAGACAACUUUUCUGAUCAUGAAGGCAAAGCUUUAGGUGUUUACAUUAUGCACAUAUAUUGCUGCUCCAAGUAGUUUGACAUUUUGGUGCUGCUUUUGGUUUCUCUGAUGUCAAGUAACUUGUGUACUUUUACAGAAGCAGCCUCACUUCAAUAAAUUGAGUGGUGGUUUUAAACCCUUAAACUACUGAUGCUGUGGAAAAGGUUACUGCCAGUAGACCUAGUCUGACCAAAGUGGGUAGGUAUAGAAAUUUAAGUGUGCUCACUGGAAAUUAAAAAAAAAGAAGGCAUUUUGAAAUUGCUGUGCAGGUAGCAUAGCAUGACAUCAUAUCGUUACUUCAUUCACCUGAUGUAUCAUGCCAGAGUUUGCAGUCACAUUCAUUUGGCCCAUCAGGCUGCUUAGACUGUGUAGUAUUUGCUUUUUUAAGGCAUCUAUUUGCAAAUGUACAUUGAGCGCUGUGUCACCUGAGAUUUCUUGUACUUGCAAAGCGAUACGGUGUCAGGUUUUGCAUUCAUGAUAAUAAAGCACCUUAUAACAUUUUUAGUGGUUUACUGAUACCUAAAAAAAAUCUGCUCUCUCAUACAUAGAGGUACGUAAGCAGCUUUGCAUUUUGGAAUGUUUUUGAUGUUGCCAAAUAAUUGAUAAACACUGCACAUAAUUUUCUUAGUUUUUUCUAUGGCAAUUUGUUGCUGCAGUUUGUCAAAAGUCACCGAAGAGAGCCGAGCAGGAGUCCAGCACAGGAAAGUCACCAGAUAAUGAUACUAAUGGGAUUUUGCUUUCAGAGAUGUCUAAAACGUGUUCCAAAACUGCAUAUUCUAACACUCAUAAAUGAAAACUAUGGAAUAAAUUCAUGAUUACUCCCAAAUAUUACGUGUUUUCAAACUACAUGCCUUAGUAAAUGCUAACAUGUAUUCUGUCUCUCAAGUCAGCAAGUGUAAAUGAAAUCAUUGGACUCUUUUCAACAGCAAUGUUACUCACAUGCUUUUGGUUCCAUAACUAUUGCCUUCAUAGCCAGAUAAAAAAAGUGUCUGCAAGUGUAAUAAACAACAGAGCUUGUUUACGUGUGCAAGUAACAGCAAUCCUCUAGUGAUCUUUCACUACUGAUGAAAAUCUUUGUAAUAAUACUGGAGAGCUAGCAGGAGUAGUUUAUUUCACAGGAGGUUGCUGAUAAGCAGCACCUUGCAAGUAGUCCACAUUUCAUUUGUGACAGAGAGGGUAUCCUGUACAGCACCCCCAGUGCCGUCUGAAGUGCAGGAGUGGUAUGUUUCCCAAGACUGUUUUGUGCCACCUACUGGAGGAAGCUGGAAUGACGCAGUUGCUUCUGUGUAUGUGUUAAAAGGUGGACAAGGCAUCGGCACUUGUGGUCAUAGUCAUGCAUGUGGUGCAGCACCCCCUUUCUGGUGAGAUUGCCUAAAGAAUGGGGAGCCACGGUAGCCACCAGGCUGCAAGGCCACAGUGGCAAGAACAGCUGUUUAUCAGCACAUGUACUGAUGAAACAGCACAGGUGCCUUCUCAUGUGAUAAAAAAACAUGAGCUCAUGCAUUCUGUCAUUGGGCAGAGUUAAUUAAGGGAAACUGAGACAUCAGUUAUCAGAAAGGGGGAGCUCCGCAUAGCAAGUGGAGGCAUCUUGUUCACUUGGCAGCCCGUGCUCAGAAGCAACUAUGCCGUUCCAGGUUCCUCCACUAGGCAGUGCCAUAUAUCUCAGAAGUGCACAGCUCCCAUGCUCUAGAAAGCCAUGAUAUAGGCUGCCCAAAUGUCCUGCCCCGAUUCAAGUUUCAUUAUGUGACCAUUACUAAAUGAAAAAAAAAAGAAAUAUAUAUAUAUGUAUAUAUAGUCAAACACAUCACGCAACACAAGUCAAAAGCCGAUAAAAAUUAAUUAAAUUAUAGGGUUUUACAUGCCAAAACCACAAUCUGAUAUGAGGGACGCCGUAGUGAGGGGCUCUGGAAAAUUUUAACCAGCUGGUUUUCUUUAACAUGCUCCUAAAUAUAAGUACACGGGUGUUUUCGCAUUUUGCCUCCAUCGAAAUGCGGCCGCCGUGGCUGGGAUUCGAUUCCACGACUUUGUGCUUGGCAACCUAACACCGAGUAAAACACCGGGCGGGUAAAAAGUGACAGUAAAGUACUCGUGAACAUUACAAUGCAAAUUUAAUCAAGAGUUUGAUGGAAUGCUGUUUUGUCAUGUGAAAGCACAAAUAGUAAAGCGGGCUGAUAUCCAAAAUACAAAUUAACGUUGUGGGGUCAUUACAAAUCCCUUAUUAAAAAUGAGCUGAUUAUCACAAUAGUUGGUCAUAUGCUUGAGCAUUCAUCCCAAAGCCCAAGGAUGUGUUCUAUAAAAUUUGUUUGUACUUUCUUAGUGUGCAUGUUGGGGUUUUGAUAACCAGCUGUUUCAGGCACAGUGUUGCUAAGAAGUUUUCAUUUUUCUGUUAGAUUGGCUCCUGCUUGACCUUAGUUUCCCACACGUGGCCCAUGUUUGAAUGUGCUCAGAUAUGGUAUAUGAUGCCACGUGGCACAUGGGAACUACAUUAUUGUGAUGUUUUAUUCCCAUUGAGAAGUUUGAAAAUUGCAGUUAUUACAACUAUUGUGUUGAUGUUAGUAUUUGUAAAUGUAGAUAGGAGGUAGGUCAGAAGACCCUGAAGUGGAAAAUUUAUGUUCUGUUUGUCCCAUUGCACCUGAUAAAAAUGUUAACUGAGUGUGACUGAAAAUAAAAUUUGAGUGUUCUACUUAUGAUCACAGACACAUUACAAAAUGCAAUGUGUUAACGAAAUGCUUGCAUACUUGGUCACAACCCGAGUAUACGGUGAUUUAAACACCGCUGCUCAAUUCUUGGAGACUUUCUAUAAAUGCGCAUGCAAAUACAUAUGCUCAAUCUCAUGGUGUCACAGUGGAGUUGAACUUGAAUUUUGGUAUCUCAUGGUAACUGUUUUAGAGUGUGGAGCCACAAGAGGAACGUGCAUUGCGGUUUUGUAUGUGAAGCUUGUGUUGAACUCUCAGGUUGUCACCAAGUCUAGAAAACAUGCCAAGAAAUGGUGACAUUUAUGGAAUCUCGUCCAAUAACUGCUUCAGUGCAGUCACUCGUGGCAUUUUCUUUAGUAAAAAGAACUCCACUAGUCCUGCAAUCGAACCUUGUUGGAAUAUUUACGACUAAUAAAAGCACAGAGAUAUUUUCUUGAUGCGGGGAAGCAUUCAAA